CCAUCUUCCAUCAUGAAUGAUGAACAGAGCCUGCACAACAACGCAGUGGCCUGGCUGGUUUGCUCGGGGCUGUCAGUUCUUGCCAAUGCCUGGGGGAUUCUCAGCGUGAGCGCCAAGCAGAAGAAAUGGAAGCCACUCGAGUUCCUCAUUUGCACGCUGGCUGGCACACACAUCCUUAACAUCGCCAUCCCCAUUACCAUGUACUCGGUCAUCCAGCUUCGCCGGCAGCACUCCAGCUACGAGUGGAAUGAGGGCCUGUGCAAGGUCUUCGUCUCCACUUUCUACACCUUGACCUUGGUCACCUGCUUCUCGGUCACCUCGCUUUCUUACCACCGGAUGUGGAUGGUCCGCUGGCCCGUCAAUUACAGGUUAAGCAAUACAAAGAAGCAAGCGGUGCACACUGUCAUGGGCAUUUGGAUGGUGUCCUUUAUUCUCUCCACACUGCCAGCAGUGGGCUGGCAUGAUACUGCCGAGCGCUUCUACGCCAGCGACUGCCGCUUCAUCGUCACAGAGAUUGGCCUGGGUUUUGGCGUCUGCUUCCUGCUCUUGAUCAGCGGGAGCGUCGUCAUGGGCAUGGUCUGCGUUGGGAUCGCCCUCUUCCAGACAUUCUCCAUCCAGACGGGGCACAACAUCGACAAGAACAAGUUCAACGUGCCCACCAUUGUGGUGGAGGACGCGCAGGGCAAGCGCCGCUCGUCCAUCGAUGGAUCAGAACCCAUUAAGACCUCUCUUCAGAUCACCUACUUGAUCACCGGGAUCGUUUUCAUAUAUGACUUUCUGAUGGGCUUCCCCAUAUUGGUGGUGAGCUUUGCCAGCUUGAAGUCGGAUGUGGCCUACGACUGGAUGGUGCUGUGCGUCCUCUGGUGCUCGGUCAUCCAGUCCCUCCUCCUGCCCCUCUUCCUCUGGGCCUGCGACCGCUACCGGGCUGACCUCAAAUCCGUCUGGGAGAAGUGUGUGGCCAUCAUGGCCAACGACGACAUGGAAGAAGAAAACAGCCUCGAAGGGGCAAUCCACCCUGACUUGAUGUACGAAAGAGCCUAUGACUACAACUUCUCUGGUGAUGUUUUGACCUUGGACCACAUUGCCAAAUACGACCUGGCAGCGCUGGAGAGGGGCCUCCCCCAGGUCUACCCCACGAAGCCUUUACUGGAAGAUAAAAUGCAGUAUCUCCAGGUCCCACCCACAAGGCGGUUUUCGCACGACGAAACAGACAUCUGGACAACUGGUCAGAUUUCUGCCUACCUCCAGCGCUGGGGAGCAGGUGAGGAUGUGGCUUCUGGCCUGGCCCAUUUGCUCGUUCCCCGGCAUGGCCAUGACCGAAGGAGGAGCAGCCUUAUUGCCUACCAGGAAGAAGGACGGCCAUACCGCAAGCGCAGGAAGUCCGCUGAGAGCGUGCUGGCCCUCAAGCCCUUCUCCUGCGAAGACUUGUACAAGGAAGGCGGCUACAAGUGCUUCAGCAAGGAGGAGGUUGUGAAUUUCAUCGAUGGCCCAAUGCUCAGCCCCAGGAGCGCUCCCUUACGCUCUGCUUCCAUCUCCCUCAUCCCAGACACCUUCCAGCAUUGCUCGGCCGCUGCAAACCUCACACACUUCCCCUUGACCAACUUUGAGCGGGAACCCCAGGUGCUGCACCGUUUCACAGGGCGAGGCUGCUCACUGAUGGUCCCGGGGCCAUUCCUGGCCCAGGAGGAUGCUAAGAACCUCUUCCCCAAAGGAAGCGACAGCCCCCCGUGCUUCGAGCAGAUUCACAUUGAGCUGUGCGAGGCCCAGAUGCCGGAGGACCGCCUGGCGAGCACUCCCUGCUCGGAGUCCGAGCGCUUUCGGACAGGUCUCAGUCCCUCCUGGGGGGGCCAAGAGGACUUACAGGGAAACGGUAGCAAAGGGGGCAGCACAAGCAGCUUUUUGAGUUCGCCCUCUGCCUCCUCCGGGUACGUGACGUUCCACUCGGAUUCUAUUGGCUCUGCCUCUUAA